AAAAUGUAAUACACAACGAGGCGUGUUAAGAGGAAAAUAGUAAUUUAAUAUUCAUGUAAAUACGAAUACAAACGACUUUAACUGUAAUGGCGGAGACAGCUGAAAGUAAACAACGAGUAUGUUUGGUAGCUAUUGAUGGAAGUAAGCACGCAGAGACAGCUGUGAAAUGGUUCAAAGACAACAUUUACAAGGAAGGGGACCAUGUUUUACUUGUACACGCAAUUGACCACAGACACAGUAUGGCGUAUGGUUCGGUUGCCAUGAUGCCUGGAAAUCCAGAAGCUAUAGCACAACAGUUUAGAGGUGAAGAAAAGAAGGCAGAACACGUUAUGGUACAAUAUAAACAAAAAUGUAUCGAUAUGGGGAUGCCAGCAGAAAUAUUGAAAGCCUAUGGGGAAGCAGGAGAGGCCAUUGUUGGGGUUGCGCAUGACAAGAAAGCUGACUUAAUUGUAUGUGGUUGUAGAGGCCUUGGUACUAUAAGGAGAACAAUAAUGGGAAGUGUUAGUGAUUAUGUUGUUCAUCAUUCUGAUGUACCGGUUUUCGUUUGUCGUCAUGACUGAUUAUUUUCAUUUAUGUCUACAAACAGUCAUUUUGUGAGAUCAUACACAUGCGAGCAUUUGUUGGUGGACCUGAAAUUGAAUGGAAUUUUCUAAUAAUACUUGGCCUAUAUAUUUUAUCUUUCAGAUUAUACAGCGUGUUACAAAAAGGUACGGAUUGUAAUUGAAUUUCGACAGUAUUAUACGGGACACAGAGAAAGGUUUUGAUGUUUUGAUAUUAAUUGUAUAGAAAAAUCUAUUUCUUUCUGAAACAUUAUAAUAUUUAACACUUGGGGUAAAAUAUGACGCUUGUAUAGAUCUAUAUAGUAUAUACUUCGAGGGGAAAAAAAUGAAUAAAAGCAUUUGACAUUUUCAUUACAACAUUCGUAUUUAAAGUACAGGAGCAUUAAUUCGGCAAUGUUGCAGAUUUUUGUGAGAUUUGAAUAUAUUUUACAUGGACAGGCUGAACUUUUAUUUUAAUAUAAAAAAGAAUAUUUAACUGUUUUAUUUGCUGAUGAAAAUUCUUAAUAUAGACACACAUUUGUACAGAAUGCUGUCAAAAUGCCACGAAAAUAAUCUAAAAACUAUUUUUAUCCAAUAUCCUCUAAUGCAAAUAAUGUUUCCUUCAGAAUUGAUGGUGCUAGAUUAAUUUCCGUUUUAAUGAUUUAAUUGAUCUUAAAUAUUCAUUUAAAUAUGUGACAUAAAUAAGGACCAUGCAUUAGUUUUCGAUAGACAUCAUCACAAAUGGGGUUCAGAGUGAAACUCCUGCUGUAAUGCAAGAUAUUGUUAUAUUAUGUUAUUACUAAUACAGUCAUGGGAGGUUUAUACAACAAAAACGAAUUAGUGAGUUAAUAAUUAUUUUACGUCAUUUAAUCGAAAAUUUAAGCAACAUUUGAUUGACUACGCAUAUCGAUUCGCAUGCAAGAAAAUGUGUCAAAAUGAGUUUUGAAGAAAUGACGAUGCUGGAUGCACAAAUUUCUUAAAAUCUGCGAAAUCACCAAUUACUAUAAUAAGCCAUUUAUGUAACAAAAUUGGUUAAGUCAGUUUACAUUUUUUUUAUAGAAUUACAGGAAAGAUAAAACACAUUAUGUGUAAAACAUCAAUAUAGAUAACUAAAACUGAAACAAAUAUGAUGUAAGUACAUGUUCCUUUAAUUUAAGCAGAAAAAUCAAAUUAUAUGCGUCAGAAAUACUACCCCCUAAUCUCCAUGUAAUGAUUACCUGGGCGGAAGGCAGCUGACUUGCCUGACACAUUUCUUCAUGUACUUUCCAUUUUAUUUCGCAAAUAUUCAUCAAUUUCAUUUCUCGACAAAAUGAGGAUAAGAAUACUAGUACUUGGUCACCACGUUUUUCCUGAUUGAGGUCAGUAAUAGCCUCAGCCAUGGUAGCAGUGAUGCAUUUUGUUUGUUCACUGAUUAUUUCUUGGUAUUUCAUUUUAUUAUACGGAUUUUCGAAGGAAAAAUCGGUUAUUGAUUUGGAGAUGUACGGCGGGCGGGCGGGCGGGCGGGCGGGCGGCUGCCAAACAGUGUCCGUUCAGUAACAUGAAAACGCUUUGACGAAAUCUUUUCAAAAUUAGAUAUGUUGUUUCCUGUGACUAAAUGAAGGUCACGUUCAAUUUUUACGAUUUUAGCUGUUCUCGUUGUUGAGUUGUAGACCUUUCAGUAGCAAAAGUGAUACUUAUUAUAUGAUUUAUUUAUUUUGAGUUAUUUCCCUUUGAACAGAAAUGGUGUAUUUAAUAAGUAUAUGGAUAGAUAGUUUAUCAAUGAGUGUAUCUGUUUUAUUCAUACAAUAAUUUCCACCUUUUAUCAAGAUAACAAACAUUUGGUAAUUAUCAACUACCAAAAUUAUAAUUGGAGUGACAGAUUUAUUUGAAAAUUUUGUGUUUCCUAAGUGUUGUUGAUGAUAAGCUCUGUAGGACAGUGUAAAUAUAGUUUGAAAUUUACUGCUCAUUAUUAUAUAUUUUAAAAUUAAUUACAGAUAAGUUCUAUAGAUUAAUAUUAAUUUUUUUUUUUUGGUAAAUGUUUUGAAGAAUUUUGUGGUAGGCUUGUUUGUUAUUCUGUAUAAACUAAUCUUCUGAAUGCUAUAUAUAUAUUUUUUAUGGAGCAAACUCCUUUAAAUACUAAAACUUAUAUUGCUUAUUGAAAAACAUUUUUGAUUUUGAGCCCAGUUUUCAAGUUGGUCCUAAUCGGGGGUCCAAAAUUAAACUGUUUAAUUUCAACAAAAAAUGAAUAUAUGGGGUUCUUUGAAAUGCUGAAUCUAAACUUUUUUUUUACUUGUUUGUUAUAUACUAGUAAUCAUAUGCUGGUGUAAUUUAAAAUAGACCAAUGUUUGGUCUCUACUUCAAUAAGCUUAAUUAUUAAUUACUUGUUGUAGUUCUUUUUGUCAAAUUUUCCAAAACAAUCCUUUUGCACAAUCAUUAAAUAAUGAGCAAUUUAAACUAUUUUCAUCACGGUCUGAAGACAUGUUACUUCAUUGACUUACACAAUACAAAAAAGAUACAGGUAGAUGCGUUAAUUGAACUCUUAUUAUUCGUUGUUUAUAUUGAUUUUAUAUAGUUUCUUUUUAUUUAAGACAAUGUACGAUGAUAUUUUAAUAACCUUACCGGGAAAAAAAUUGUAUCUGUUCAAUAUAUAUAUGAAGUGUGGUUUA